AAGUAGAUAUCUUUCAAGAUGAACACGACCACCCACGCCAACAACAGAGUACGUGUAGCUUUUUUCUCUCUACUCCGCUCUCCUGCCACGCCGCGAAACCUCGCCUAACAUUCCCAACAGCUCCCCUUGCGAAACCGAACCGGCCCCGCACGCCCAAAAAUGGGCGACGAGAACGCAGCUGGUAGACAUGUACGCAAACCCAGCAUAACCACCGGCGCAGUCGCCGCCUCACAUUCAUUAUCGAACGUCGCUACCCUCAAGGCUGGAAUUCAACGUUCAGCGCUUGGCGAGGUCACCAAGACCGCGGUCAACCUCAAGGUUCGUUUCCCCUUUCGCAUUAUGUAGUCCUAUGGCAAGGACAAGGACGCCACCGAAGUUGGUAUCAAGCGCGGCCGCUCCUCGUCUCUGGCUGCCCCCACAGUUGUCCAGCGUCCCCCGUUGGGCCCAGCAAAAGCUUCUGCGGUGCAACCAACAGCUCCCGCUGCUGUCGAACCGCGCGCCACAAUCGGUCUGCGCGUCCAGCGCCUCGUCGCACCUCUGCGCCCAAAGAUCGUCGUACACCAAGAUCCUGUUGUCGUUGCCGACGAUGAUGAUGAGGAGGCCUUUGACGAUAUGGUGGUGGAACAUGCCAAGUUGAUCGAGCCGAGCGUCCUCGAUUCCGAACCCGAGCAGAGCUCGAAGGAGGUCGAGGACCUGGUUCGAGUCCUAGAUGACGAGAGCGAGCUCGUACACAUCCAACAACAGACCCUUGAGCCGCACGCGCCGCGAGUAUGGCCUGAGCUUGGUACAACGCGCAGACAACGUUACCAAACCGAGAUCGAAAAGAUCCGCGAAACCUUUGUCGACGAGGUCGACCCCGAGGACACCACGAUGGUGUCCGAGUACGCCGAUGAGAUCUUCGAAUACAUGCAGGAGCUCGAGGAGGACUGCAUGCCGAACCCGGACUAUAUGGACGGCCAGAGCGAAAUCAGCUGGUCGAUGCGCCAAACGCUCGUAGAUUGGCUACUCCAAGUACACCUACGCUAUCACAUGCUACCCGAGACCCUUUGGAUAGCGGUUAACAUCGUCGACCGCUUCCUGACCAAACGCGUCGUCUCCCUCCUCAAGUUGCAGCUCGUCGGCGUCACGGCGAUGUUCGUCGCGGCCAAGUACGAGGAGAUCAUGGCCCCGUCGGUCGAUGAGUUUGUGUAUAUGACCGAGAAGGGAUACACGAAGGAGGAGAUCCUCAAGGGCGAGCGUAUCGUGCUGCAGACGCUUGAGUUCAAGAUCAGCCAAUACUGCUCACCCUACAGCUGGAUGCGCAAGAUCUCUAAGGCGGACGAUUACGACCUCCAGACACGGACGCUGAGCAAGUUCCUGACCGAGGUGACGCUGCUCGAUCACCGCUUCCUGCGGGUGAAGCCUAGCAUGGUCGCGGCGAUUGGGAUGUACACGGCAAGGAAGAUGCUGAAUGGCGACUGGAACGAGAAGUUCGUGUACUACUCUGGGUUCACAGAAGAGCACCUACGACCCGGGCACGCGAUGCUUAUCCAGAAGCUUGCCGAGCUUGACUUCAACAAGAUGUACGUCUGCAAGAAGUACGCGAACCGCAAGUUCCUCAAGGCAUCGAUCUACGCCAUCGACUGGGCGCGCACCUACUUCGAGGAGGAGGGUCGGAUGGACGGCAUGGUGCUGCAAGAAUAGACGCAUCGCACACACACCACUCGGCAUACAAGCAUACCCAUCUCGCAUCGCAUUUCCACGUCACUAUCUCUGCACAUCUAGUUCUCUCGCGAUCUCUGUCUCGCUGUUCUCCCCACGCUCCACGUUUUCACGUCUGUCUCCUGCACGCCGAAAUGAUUCACGCAUUUUUCUGACUAUUCCAUUCACCCAUCUCGUCUCUCCUUCCCCUGUACGCCCACGUCGCUUUCCGCCCUGCUGUCGCGCAUCCAUGCUCGCCAUCAUGCCUCGAAAGCUACUGCCGCUACUGCUUCUCCUGUCUUCCAGCAUGUCCUCCAUGAUCUGUCUCGCUCUUCUCUCUCUCUCUGUCUCUCCUCUCUCUUGCAAUUGCUCGGACUCAUGCCUCCAUGCCUUGUUUUGUAUGCCCGCUGUCCGAAGCUUGCCUCUGCCACACCCGUCGCCCUCUCUCUUGUCUCCCUCUUCACAUAUCUUCACACGCCUUCCUAUCUUCUUGACACUCCUUUGGUUCCUGCGCUCGCUUGCCUCGAUUUGUCUUCCACAUUUACGCUAAGCUAUUUGGCUAUGUCGCUAUCUGACUUCUUGGGCAGCUAUAUAGUCUACUU